AUGCCAGCGCUUGAUCUACAAGGUAAAAAGGCUCUCAUUACGGGCGGGGGUUCAGGGAUUUGCCUUUCUUUGGCAAAGGCGUUUUACGAAAAGGGAUGCUUUGUCCUACUAGCAGAUCUUGGUCUCCACGCCUCAGCCGAAGAAUGGCUGAAGACCGUCCAACGCCAGCCUUCCCCAAAAGUCCGAUUCCACAAAACUGAUGUUAGUGAUUGGAAACAACUAGAAGCGGCAUUCGACACCUUUGAGAAUGAAUUUGGGGGAUCCCCUGACAUUGUUGUUCCGGGCGCUGGAGUCUACGAACCUUCGUCAAACGGUUUCUGGGCAGAUUCAGAUGAUGCGUCGCAUUAUAAGCUGUUUGACAUCAAUAUCGUGCACCCCAUCAAAAUUUCAAGAAUUGCCAUCAAGAAUCUGCGUCGGGACCAGAAGCCGGGUGUGAUCGUACACAUUUCUAGCAUCACGGCCCAAAUCCCUAGUGUGGUCAACCCUCUUUACUCGGUCUCGAAGCAGGCAAUCAGCCAAUUUGUAAGAUGCAUAGCACCAUUGGAUGAUUUGGCCGGGAUUCGCGUUGUUGCUGUGGCUCCUGAGGUCGUCGACACUCCUCUCUUUCGCGACAGCGCUAAGGCUCGUGAGCAUAUCGAUCUGGAAAAGGAUUUUGUUCUUCCACCAGAAGAGAUUGUCAAGGCUAUGGUUUCUCUGGUAACAAGCUCCAAAUAUCCAUCGGGCUCUAUUAUUGAGAUUGGAGACCUUGGUGGUUGGCGUGAGGUGGGUCUCCUUAAUGACCCCGGUCCUCAAGGUCGAUCAACCCUGCCGAGGCCCAAGGCCAAGAAUGCGAUUAAGCUGGUUGAACAGGCGUUGAAAGAUGAUGCAAAGCAGGCUAGGCGGUCUAAUCUGUAG